UGAUUUUUGUUCCCUUUUUCUACUUUCAUUCAUCUCAUCAUUGAGCUAUUUGAGCUUUCAAGAUCUUGUUCUCUUAAAAUCUUAAUUUGAUUGUUUCUAUCAAAAACAUUAAUGAAAUUAUCUGAAUAUCUAAAAUAUUUUGUUAUCUCUAUUGAAAAUUGACAAGUAAUUUUACUUUAUAUCUCUCAUAUACUAUCAAACCUAAACAACCUCCAACCUCAUCUUUCAUUUAUCAACUACCGGCGUCAGUUUGUGUCGUGUCGAAGCUGUACAAAAAGAGAUAGGUCGGGGUAACCUUCACGCUGCACAAGAUAGUGAGUUCGCCGCGUUCGAUUGCCCCCGUUCGGCAUUUUCUGUUACUGGCGGAAUUCAUUCAACUCGACUUUAGUUAGUUUUACACCGCGACAGUGUUGAUACGCACCAUGGCUAGUGGACGAAUUGUAGUCUAUGGAGGUCGCGGUGCCCUCGGCGCAGCUUGCGUCAACCACUUUAAAUCUGCUAACUGGUGGGUAGCCAAUAUUGAUAUGAAUCCCAAUGAUAGUGCAGAUGUUAAUAUCACUGUGCCUAAAGAGAGUUCUUGGGUCCAGCAAGAAGAGCAUGUCGUGAAUGAACUCGCAACGGCACUUCAAGGUCAGAAAGUGAAUGCUGUGAUCUGUGUGGCUGGUGGUUGGGCUGGCGGGAAUGCUACCAAGGAAUUAAGCAAGCAAGCAGAUUUGAUGUGGCGCCAAUCAGUAUGGUCCUCGACGAUUGCGGCGACACUGGCAGCUAAAUAUCUCACCCCUGGUGGUCUUCUCGCCUUGACUGGAGCAAAAGCUGCCCUUGAAGCAACACCAGGUAUGAUUGGCUAUGGACUUGCCAAAGGAGCAGUCCACCAGCUUACAAAGUCACUUGGAGCUAAGGAUUCUGGUCUUCCAGACAAUUCAUUGGCCGUAGCAAUAUUGCCAGUCACAUUGGACACAGAAAUGAAUAGAAAAUGGAUGCCAAAGGCUGAUUUCAGUUCAUGGACCCCACUUCCUUAUGUCGCUCAACUGUUUGAUAAAUGGAUAAAAGGAGAAGAGAGGCCCCCAAGUGGUAGCUUAGUAACACUUGUCACCAAGAACAAUGUAACCGAGCUGAUCAUACAGUAACUUAAAUUAUUCAGUACCACUGGCCACUAAUAAAGGAUGAAUUUUAGGAAAUAUUUAAAGGCAAUAUGAUUGUCAGUUUCCAUAU